AUGAAUAGUGACGCCAAUAAACUGAGGUCCAAUCUCAAGUGUGAAGUGCACACACACCUUCUCGAAUCAAACAAAAAUCAAACAAUCUUACAAGAAAUUUUCUUGAGGAUUAGUGAUAAACCGCGAAUCCAAGAAAUCCUCGAAACAUUUAAAAAGAUUGAGCCGACUCUUGAAACAACAUCAACCAUUCGAUUUCGCUUUACCGAUAUUGUAAAUGAGAAAAUCGAUAAUUCUACAGACAAUAUUAAAACCAUCACCGAACGUUUUUUGGCUUCUAAUUAUGUUCCAAAUCAUUCCAUUCUUAUUAAUAACUCUUUCAUCGAUCUGGAGAGGAAUAACCAGCCUACAUUCCUUAAAACAGCUAGUGAUAAGGUUUACAACGUAAAAGAUGGUGAUAAUGUCGAGAAGACUUCUGAAUUGGAUGAAAUCUUCGAUUGGGAUUUUCAUCAAUG